UCAGCUAGGUUAACUGUGACUGUAUAUUAACUGUUUAUGUUUAAUAAAACGUUGUUUUCGUGUUUUAACAACAAUCGCCAAUGUGCAAAUUAGAUUUUAAACUUGCAAAUCAUUCUAAAAAGAGAAAAGAUUUUUAAAAACUGGAAUAAGGGAACUUGACAAGGAUGUGUGGAGAUAGGAAGGAUGCGAAAGAUGGUGGAAGUGAUACCUGGAAGGAUGUUGGAUACUCUCCAUAACCUCAUUCUGAUUAUAUUUUUAGCCGAAAAACAGAGCUUAACAAGGAUGCCUCAUGAUGAAAAAGUUAAGAAAGAUGGUGAAAGCAUAACCUGGGAAGAUGUAGGAUGGUUCACCUUAAAAACUACUGCCGUAUCUGCUGUUGUUGGUGGCACUGCCUUAGCUCUUCCUGCUAUUGGUUUUACUGCUGGUGGUGUUGCAGCAGGUUCCUGGGCUGCUAGUUUUCAGAGUGCAUAUCUUGGUGGCACUAUAGCAUCUGGGAGUGGUUUUGCACUUCUACAAAGUGCUGGAGCUGUUGGAUUGGCUGCUACUACAAAAGCUGCAGCCAUAGCUGGCAGUGCCAGUGUUGUUGGUACUCACUCGGCUGUGAAAAAAUUUAUGACAAAUGAUGAAACUAAUAGUCAACAUACUUCAGAAGAAUCAAGGGUAUCUAAGAGUACUUUUGCACGUUUACAAAGUGCUGGUUCUGCUGGAUUAGCUGCAAGUUCACAAGCUGCUGGCAUGGCUACCAAUGCUGUACUUACUGGUACUAACUCAAUUGUGAAAAAAUUUAUGACAAAUGAUGAAACUGAUAGUCAACAUACUUCAUUAGAAUCAAGUGCAUCUAAGAGUACUUAUGCACUUUUACGAAGUGCUGGUGCUGCUGGAUUGGCUGCAAGCUCUCAAGCUGCUGGCAUAGCUGCCAGUGCUGUAGUUGCUGGUGCUCACUCAGUUGUGAAAAAAUUGAAGAAAAAUGAUGAAAUUGAUAGCGGACAUACUUCAGAAGAAUCAAGUGUAUCUGGGAAUGCUUUAACACUUUUGAAAAGUGCUGGAUUGGCUGCAAGUUCACAAGCUGCUAUUGCAGCUGGCAGUGCUGUAGUUGCUGGUGCUCACUCAGCUGUGAAAAUAUUGAGGAAAAAUAAUGAAGCUGAUAGUGGACAUACUUCACAAGAAUCAAGUGCAUCUGGGAGUGCUUUAACACUUUUAAAAAGUGCUGGAUUGGCUGCAAGUUCACAAGCUGCUAUUGUAGCUGGCAGUGCUGUAGUUGCUGGUGCUCACUCAGCUAUGAAAAUAUUGAGGAAAAAUAAUGAAGCUGAUAGUGGACAUACUUCACAAGAAUCAAGUGCAUCUGGGAGUGCUUUUGCGCUUUUAAAAAGUGCUGGAGCUGCUGGCUGGUCUGCAAGUUCACAAGCUGCCAUCACAGCUGGCAGUGCAGUAGUUGCUGGUGCUCACUCAGCUGUUAAAAAAUUUAAAAAGAAUAAUGAGACUGAUAGUGAGAAAUGAGUUUUCUAGAUGCACAAGUCUCUCAAUCGAAUUAUAAUGAAAUGCACCUGGCACCUAUUUCCCCUAAUAUCUAUCAAAAGAGUGAAGAAUAUUACUCACCCCUGAAAUUGUUAGAAUAAUUUUUUUAUUUUUCUUUUAUUUAUUUAUUUGCAAUUUCUAUGGGGAAAAAAAGUUUAAUUUUCAUUGAAAAACAUUUGUAUCUCAGUAACAAUCCAUCCAUUUUGUCCACUGAAUAUUCAAAUUAUUCAUAAGAUUCAAUUCUGCUAUCUUAUUGAGCCAAUCAAAGCU